UCAUGACGCUUCAUCCGUUAGCUUGUGACAUUUUCAAUCGAAGAGUCCUGGUGGAUAUACCCUCAACUUCUUUUAGAGCCAAGCGCAUUUCUUUCAGCAUGGAACAUGGGAUUUAAUGGUUUUCAUUUAUGUUUUUGAGUGUUCGAAAGAUAGCUGAACAUUUUUUUGGAUAACAUCGAUAAUUUGUGAAAUGCAGAAAAUUUUACCUGUGUGGAUAUAUCUAGCAUUGGCGUUUGUUACAGUCCGGUGUGCCACGCCCACCACAAUGACUGUCCAAGCCAAUGCUACAGGGUUUAACAACAUGGGACAGUUCUGUCCAGAGCUGGACGAUGGCGUCAAUGUAACAUGCCUAGUUGAUCAUGGAGUCGGAACUGGACAAAUGUGGAUGGAACCAGAUGGAACCAGUCCUUCCUGCGUGAGCUAUGCUUACGCUCAAGCCGGGUAUCAAACUAUCCAUCUUUAUUGCUCAGUUGAUAACAUUUUCUUCUACCAAAAUAAGACCUUGUACGUAGGUGAAAAAAUUGAUCAGGUGACAGUCGGCGAUCAAAAUGGCAACACUCUGAUUCCUUUGAUUGACUCUUCGGACAUAUAUGUUAACUAUGUUAACGGAAGUGACGUCAGUUUAGAAAUUUUCAGCAAUACCAGCAACGCGAUUUUGUCCCAAACUAACGUCACAACUAGAAAUUUUACGCACACCAUCACCGCUGCAGACCUAAACAACCAGCUGGGUAUGCAUGCUGUUAGUGUGACCCUUCAAAAUCCGAUCUCCUCUGUUACUCGAUGGUUGGUUAUUGCCCUCGACGAAGUUAUUUCUGGAUUUAACUUUACUGGACACAUCAAUCCGUUCAUGCACAUAGACGAUGUCAUAGAUCUGAACUUUACUCUGGAAAAAGGGAGCGACGUCUCCAUCGCCAUCGAGAUAAAAACCGUACUAUUUGUACAAAAAUGUGAAGGAGCGCUUCGAAAUCAUUCUUUCUCAUAUACACUGAACGAAACGGGCUCAUACAUAAUUGAAUUGACACUAUCGAACUUUGUCUCAACAUAUAACUGGACAUUUCCUCUAAUGGUACAAUAUCCUGUUCAUAAUUUUACCGUUCAGCAGAUUAAAAAUGUAAUGAAAGGAAGUACGGACACUUGGACUAUUGAGCUACCAGCUGGCUCGAGUACUCCAAUGGGAAUUUUGUUUGGCGUUAUAGAAGAAGAUGGAAAUCAGAUUGAUAACAUAAGCUUAACCACAGCAGCUUCACAAACGUAUUCGAAAUCAUACCCUACCGCCGGUUAUUUUAACAUUAACUUCACGAUACAAUCCGAAAUUAGUCGAAUGGUCUUCUCCUGGAUACAAGUAGUCGAAAAUGAACUCAGCUUGGAACUUCUAAUCCAAGAAAGUGUUCCAAUAUCGCAGUCUGAACAGGAAUUCGUUCUCCGUAUAACCGACCCGAAUACUUCGCCGCUGUAUAAGCUUAACUGCACACUAGACAUUGACGGUGUCUCCCAAGAGUUUCCAAUAGCAGAGCAAUUUACUGACAGCACCAAUCAAACCUUGAUUUACCGAUACUAUGGGAUUGGAAACAAAACUGUUACAGUAAACUGUUCGAACACCUUGCGAAACUGGGCCGUCACAAAAAUUGUCGAGGUUUGGACCGACUGUUUUGCGUCUGCGAAUUUUUUCAGCGUUGCAUUCAAAAGUUCGACUACCCCAAUGAGAGUGUACAUUACACAGAUUGUUCAGAUAACAGCAAAAGUGGAGGUAACUCAAUUGUGUAAAAACAGUUCACGUGAGUACUGGUGGGACUUCUACGAUGUUCCGCACGACGACCAUUUAAAUCCGGAACUGCGCGGCUACUACAACGACUCAGCUAACCAGCCACACGGCGUCACGAUUACCUUUGCCAAAGAGGCAAUCGAAGCAGGGUUAAAAAAGCUUGUGCUGAGAGUUAACCUAACAGACCAAGAGGGUGGGAUACUAGAAGAUUUUAUUUACGUCGAUUUCAGGACACCGCCCAUAGUGGCACAGAUUACCGGAGGAUCAGAGGUCUCCCAUGAAGUGUCCGCAAAUCUGAUUAUGGAUGCGUCUUCAUCGAAAGACCCGGUACAACUGUACUCGGAUCAACCUUUUGACUUCAAUUGGACAUGCUUCAAGGUUCCUGAUGCAAAUGUCACCGAUUUAAACACUUUUAUGGGAACGUUUGAAACUGUGAACGAAAUCUCGCCAUCGUCAUUGGGAGCCGAUUGUUCUCUGACAGCGACUUUGACGAACCAGGGUCGAAUCGAAAUCCCCUCGUCAAACCUGAGAGACGGUUUUUACUUCCUCUUUAUAGUGACAGUGGAGAAGAUUAACCAGACCUCAGCCGGAUUGACGAUACGAAGGAAUGAUAAAGUUUUCCAAGCAGUUCACAUUGUUCCAUAUGAGCCACCGAGAACGGAACUAAAAUGUUUACGGAACUGCAACAAAAAAAUUAAUCUGGAUUCGAUAUCGAGUUUUAAUGUAACAUGCUCGAAUUGCGAAUCGGACACGGUCUAUCGUUGGGAUCUCGAGAAGUUCAAUACAAUCACAAACAUGUUUGAAACAAUGCUUGAUGGUGGUUUUGAGGCAUAUAUUGAAACAAGAACCAUUGAAACAACUGAAAUAGCCAUAAAGGCAUCUGUAUUACCGCAAGGGGGAAGACUAAGAUUAAAAUGCGACAUCAGUUGGAAUGGAAAAAAUGUUACCGUAUCCAACAUCUUGUCUGUCAAUUACCAGCCGCGAGGUGGCGAGUGUGCCAUUGAACCAAAAACAGGCAACGCAAGUAUAACGUUUUUUGAAAUUAAGUGUACGGGCUGGUUGGACGAGGAAGACAGAAAUACGAAGGACGAUACCCUAGAUCAAAACGCUUUGUUGACUUAUAAAGUAUACCAAAAUAGUGUAAGGAACGGCACACGCAUCAUUUCUCUCUUGGAAGAAUCCACUGAGCCUAUCGUCAAGGCUUACCUUGGUAUUGGAGAUCCUAGCAACGAUUACAAUAGCACCAUCGAAGUCUACGUCAUUGAUCGGUUUUAUGGCAGUGCUAAAUACACAAUUCCUGUGCAGGUGAAUAAUCCAAUUGCCAGCACAACUUUGCCAAGCUCUGAACAAGUCGAAGAAUAUUACAGUACCGUUUUAAUAGAAUUAACGAAAUCAAAUAGUGCUGAACUGCUCAUGAAGACCGUUGAGUCGAUAACAUCUGUGUUAACUGAUUAUACUAUUAUAAAAAACGAUUCCUAUCCGGAUAUUGACGUCAACAAAAUUCCAACAGAAUGGAAUGACGGUCUACUUGAUUUACAAGACGUCAAUGGGACGAAAGUCAUGGCGAGUUAUGAUUCGAUGCUGGAUGACAUUUUGCAAAAAUCGGUGAAUGCUUAUCAGGUUAAAGUUCAGGAGACAUUGAUUAAUCUUACGGACACCAUGCUGAGCAAACUACAUGAAACGAACUCCAGUACGUUUGCUUGGGUAGAAACUACAUCGAACGCCUUUGGCAACGUCCUCACAAAAUCAGAAUACGUUGCAGAUAAAUCUGUGAUUCAUGCUUCAAAUGCAUUGAAACAGCUCACUGCCUCAUUCACAAAUCUCACAAUUGCUCAGUAUGAAGGCGAGGGCUCCAUAUUCCAUAGCAGUAGCACGGCCAUAGAACAGACCACUAUAGGUUUAAUUAACCUGAUGAAUUCACUCGUUGUGAACACCGUUCCUGAUGAUAUCGUCAAUACUUCAGAUGCAACCAUUGCAUCAAGCAGCACUGCGUCUUCAAGACUUUACGUUGAAUAUCUCUUCCAUGUAAACGUUGACCAGGCUUACGAAUACGCCGAAAACAGUACUUUGACACCAGAAGAGAGAGUUGGGAUGUUCUAUAUGAGAUCUAGGAUAUCACAGAUAGAACUGGAGAAAAAGCGCAAAGUAAGUGAGGAGUCCGGAAGGGAUUUAAAUGAUGCAAUAGAAUCUCUAGCAAAUUCAUUGCUUUCUGUCGAAUGCAAUGGAUGUAGCCGCAGCUAUUCAAAAGACAGCAUUGUCUUACAUAUCCAGAGCGACACAGUUGAGGCUAUUUACAAUACCUCCUUGGAUUCAAAUUUGACUUUAAACUUUGGAGAUAUUACAAAAGAUACGGUCGUGAAACUUGCUACAACGGAAUUGGAUAGAAACAUAUACCUGUAUGACCAUUCUACAACAGCUGCUUUGAUUACAUCUCCAGUUCAGAAAAUUUUAGCCGAUAAAACGUCAAUUUUUGUUGUCACUAUAAAACAACCGGUGACAACGGAUUUUAGUGACGUAAAAGUGACGGUCCCAACUUUUAUCUCGGAGGACGCCUCUGGUUUUUUCUAUCACACGUUUUUAUACCGAAAUCUUGGUGACUAUGCUUGCUUUCAUAUUGUUCAAGUUCAUCCCAGGCUGAAUGAAAAAUAUGACGUGUAUUUACGAGUUGCUGAUUUCCCAACAAUCUUCCAAUAUGACGCAAUAGCGGAAGUUACCAUAAACAGAGACUACAUGGCCUGUAUUCCUCCCCAGAAAAUUAAUUCUGUAGGAAUUAUACACAUUGGGUUAAAACCUACCCCCACUCCAAGUUUUUCUGGUAGAAGAAAACGAGCAGCAGGUACCGGACCAUUUACUUACAACAACGAAACAUAUACUGACCCUAGACUGAACCCUUAUCGUCUGAUGGUCAUUUCUUCAAGCUGUAAUACUUGGAACGAAGGGACAGAAAAAUGGAGAUCGGAUUCUUGUCUGAUGGAUUGGUACCCAAACAAGGGCGAAGUGUCCUGUGAAUGUUCUGGAGAGAACGGUUUGACGUUUGCAAAUUCCUUUUAUGUUGCUCCGAACACCAUUGACUUUUCGACCGUGUUUCUGAAAUUUUCUCCCAAGGACCAGGCCGCCGUUUUGGCAAUAUUUAUUCUCGUCAUUGUCUUGUAUGUUAUACUAAUGAUUUGGGGCCGUCAUCAAGAUAAAAAGGACAUCGUCAAGUGGGGAGUGACACCUUUGAUUGACAACUUCGUUGACGACACGUACUACUACCUGAUCACUGUGUACACUGGAAUGAGGAGGGGGGCUGGCACCCGGUCGCGGGUCGGAUUUAUAGUGGCUGGGGAGGAUGAUGACACGGGCGUCCGCGAGCUUUACGACGGCGUUAGAACGGAAUUUUCCACAGCUAGUGUCAAUCACUUCCUCAUGGCAACAUCUCAGCCACUGGGUCCUUUGACUUACUUAUAUAUCUUUCAUGACAAUUCUGGAGAGGGAGAGUGGUCAUCCUGGUACCUUAAUCGUGUGGACAUUGAAGAUCUUCAAGACCGCACAAGGUUUGUUUUCUUGUGUGGACGCUGGCUCUCAUUGGAUAGUUUAGAUUGCCAAGUAGAGGCUGUUUUACCUGUUUGUGGUCGAGAAAACGUAACAACCUUCAAGAACAUGUUUUUCAUCAACUACAAAGAAAAUUUAGCUGACAAUCACUUAUGGGUCUCUAUCUACUUCCGUCCAACAAGUAGUCAUUUCACGCGAAUACAAAGAAUAACUUGUUUACUACUUUUUAUAAUGUUGACAAUGAUUGGAAAUGCUGUGUACUUCCGACCGGAAGACGAAUAUGAAAAUCCAGCUCUGGUAAAAGUUGGUCCAUUGCAGUUUUCAUGGCAGACAGUGUAUAUUUCUUUAAUGAGUACCUUGAUUUCUACUCCAACAACUAUACUUGUUGUUUCGCUGUUUAAAAAGGCCAAGGCACGCGUGAUUGAUCACGACGUCAAGGAUUCCUCUCUCAAGUAUUCCAUGCCGGUUAUCAAUAAUUUCAUGGACAAGCUAUUGAAAGAGAGCAAGGAACUAGAGCGCACUUUAGUUGCCAAAGGAGUCAUAAGUAAUGACGGAACCAUAUUACCGUAUUGGACAUCCUACAUUGGUUGGUUUCUUGCAAUAGCUGGGAGCAUCACGUCUGCGUUUUUUAUAAUGCUUUUCAGUAUGGAGUGGGGAAAGACGAAGACUGAGAUGUGGCUAGCACAGUUUUUCCUUGCUUUCUUUGAAUCUGCAUGCAUACUCGAUCCAUUAAAAGUUGUGAUGAUGGCUGCUGUGUUUGCUUUGAUAUUUUCACAAACAGAUCGAUUCAGACCAUCAGGACUAACUAGAGAAAUAGUUUUAAAGAAUUACAGACAACGUUAUGGCCAAGAACAAAGUAUACGUAUACCUGCCCCACCGCUAAAUCAAGCCCUCUUGGAAAAGGCCAGAGAAGAACGCAUGCGUGAAAUUAAGAUGAUGGACUCUCUGAAGCAAGUAGUGAUCACCCUGUUUUAUAUAUGGAUUAUAUAUAGCAUUAGCUUUAGCAACCGCGACACUGGGUCUUUUAAUGUACAAAAUGACAUCAGCAACCGCCUCCUGACCCCCAGUGAAAAGGGAGCUCAGCAAUUUCAAAAGAUAAAUACGACAACACAAUAUAUGACAUGGCUUGAAACUAUAGCCUUUCCUACACUGUUUCCUCAAAGUGAAUACAACGGAGAACGACUUCACUGGAGGUACAGACAAUAUACUGCUGGUCUGACCAAUUUCAGAGUAGGUCCUCCACGGCUUAGACAAGUCAAGGUUAUUCAAGAUGAAACUACAGUUUACCCAUUUGGAACAAUGAAAACCUUUCCCUCAUACAACAUUUUGCGUGAGGAGACUAAAAGUUUUUGCUUUGGAUGGCAAAAGCCUCCUUGCGAUAUAGAAGCAGAAGCCCGCUCCUUUUCCUUCCGGGCGUGGAAAUACACCGAUCCUUUAGAUAUAUGGGGUGUUCCUGUAGUAGGAUACUAUAACACGUACAGUGGCGGGGGCUACAUUGCAGAACUGGAUGUCAAUCUGGACUUUACAAAUAGAACCAUGGAGGAGUUGACACAACAUCUCUGGAUUGACCGAACAACAAGAGCCGUUUUCUUUGAGUUUAGCGUUUACAAUGCUGAUUUCAAUUUGUUUACCUACUGUACACUGGUGGCAGAAUUUCCUGAGGUCGGAGGUGUUAUGACAAUGUCGUCCAUAUAUCCAUUCAGGGUUUAUCAUCACGUGGGUCCGACCGGAUAUUACGUAAUGUUCUGUGAAAUAUGCUUUGUAUUGUUUCUGGUGGCGCAGAUUGUCAGAGUUGUAUACUAUUUGUAUAAACGCCGUUUGCAGUUUUUCAAAAGUACAUGGUUUGUGUUAGAUUUAGUUGGAAUCUUUUUAAGUUUAGUGGCCAUUGCGAUGUAUGCAGGAAGAAUGCUCUUAGCUAAUCAGACUCUAGCUAAAUUCAAAGAAGACCCAAAGGCUUUUGUCAAUUUCCAGCAUAUUGCUUACUGGGAUAAUUUGCUCAUAGUUUUCAUUGGUUUGCUAGUCUUUCUUGGUACGACAAGGUUACUAGGAAUAUUAGGAUACGACAAGAGAAUAGGGCAAGUAUUCCGAGUGUUUGAUAACUGUGCCUGGGAUUUGUUCUGGUUUGGAAUUUUCUUUCUCUGUCUUUUUGCCUUCUACGCAAUAUUAGGAUAUCUCUUGUUCGGGCGAGACUUGGAAUCUUACUAUGAUAUUUUCGAAUCCCUCGGCACACUCUUUAUCAGUAUGAUCGGUAAGAGCAAAUUUAAUGAGAUCAACGAUGCAGACCCUCUUAUGGCACAGUUCUAUUUCUUCACUUACGUCCUCUUCAUAGUUUAUUUCCUUUUGACCAUUUUCUUGGCUAUCCUGUGUGAGAGCAUUAACGUCGUACACCAAAGAACGAAGCUGGACCGCUCGGAUGAACUCGUCAUGUAUAUCAUUGACAAAGUCCGAGGCUUCUUUGCAACCAGGAACGGUGGCAAAAAGAAGCAAAAAGACUUCUCGUCCAUUAUGAUUGAGCACCAGAAACCGCUGAACUUGCUGAAGGAACUGAGAAAUGAAAUCGACACCGCCAUGUCUGCUUACUCUGAACAAGAAGACAAGGACAAACAUGAAAGAAUGAAAAAGAGGGGCAAAGAAUUUUUGAAGAGACUUGACGAUUCAACCUAAACAACGAGACACAGAAACAUUGUGAAAUUUACUUGCGUUGUGUAACAAUAUGUGAUAUAAAAUUCAGUCUGUGUCUGUAGAAUUGAAUUGUAGACCGUAAUGAAAUAUUUGUAAAUUAUUUUGAUUUUCUAAUAAAUUGUCUGUGAUAAUAGAUAUCCUGUGCCGGAAGAUUCACUUUAGGCUUCUCUAAAACGUCAACGAAUGUUAAUAAAUUGCACAUUGGAUAAGAAAACUAUAGCUAAGGUGAAAUUAAUUUUGAAAAGGAAGGUUGAAAAGUGGUUAAUAAUUAAUUCUUUCUUUAUUAAAUGACAAGUGGCGUAAAUCCACGCUGAUCAAUGGAAAAUAUUUUUCGUAUUAUUUUCCAGUAUAAUUACUUGUACUUUUUAUUGUGUAUAUUUUAUCUAUUAAAUUCACAAAGGUGUUAUAUCAAUGACAAAUUUUAAAUAAAGAAAUUUACAUCAUACGAUAUAUUUUUGUGACAAUAUGAUAUAUGGUGGUUGUUAUCAGAUUGGUGCCAGAUGUUGACUCUUAUAUAUAUAUAUAUAUAUAUAUAUAUAUAUAUAUAUA